AUGUAUCCAGAGAGCGACCAGGAUACGGAUGAACUCGCCCGAGUGGAAUGCGAAGGGGAUGCUGCUGCGUCGCGCUCUUCCGUAGCCGUUAGCGAGCUUGCAGCGCCCAUGAACAUCGAACCGAACGACGGGAAGAUGUCUAGGCCUCCUUUCGCGACCGACACGGCGAUGUCGCCCUCUGCUUUCGUGACCGGCACGAUGAUGUCGCUCUUGGAACAGCCUCCCACCGCCUCAUCGAGCUCGACACUGCUGUCUGGCAAUCCUGGAGUCAGCCCCUCAGCAGCAGCCGCCCUGUCCCCUUCGCAAACCGAUUAUCCCCCUCUCAAAGCCGACCACCUCGUUCGGGACCUUCGUUCUGCGUACGAUCAGGCCCUAUCGUUCUCGACUGCUACGUACGCACCGGAGCUCGCCAAGAAAUAUGUUGACAUCCUGGUCGACUGGCGAAGCACCAAUAUGGCCUGGGCCAACGCGAAGGGCGGUGCUGGAGCGAGCGUGUUCGGAAACACCACCUCCGGCGCAAAAAAGACGUUCAGUCGUAACGUACUCCUCUUCCUUCCUCGAGAUGACUGGUGCGAGAAUUGUCUCAAGGUAUAUGACGAGGUCAGGGCCAACCCUGCCAAUCAAUGCGGGAAACUACUUUGGCCUUGCGUGGUUUCGGAAGAUCCUGGGUGCAUCGCCUGCGCAUUGUACCGCUUGGACUCGCUGCGUCAAGACCCUCCAAUUCUACCUGCCCGUGCCAAGGGCUCCUAUGCCUGUUCCCACAGGCACGGCAAAGCGUGGACAUUGGAAAAGUGGGAUGCUGCGAGGGCAGCUACAGCGCAACCUGCACCUACAGCCUCCGUUGCCCCGGUCGUCGCGCCCUUACCUGCCGUCGAGCCGGCCACUCACCCAACCAACCCUCAUCCCCCGGGGACCUCGACCACACCCGGUGUCGAACCCGAUGCGACGAACUCGCUCAGCCUGCCCAUGCCACCUUUGCCACGCAUGCCGUCCAUGCCGGGAUCGUCCAGUGCGAACCCAAUCGUCUUUGAUGACAAUGACGACGACGACGAUGUUGAGCCAGCUCCGCGUGUUCAAGGUGCAACUGCGCAAACUGGACAGUCCUCGACUGACGCGGCCGAGCGGCUCUCGACCGUCAAGACGGAGCAGUCCUCGACUGUUAAGACCGAGCAGUAUGUUACCGUCAAGACCGAGGAUGCAAACGUGAGGCAGAAGCUGCUCGCCUUCGCAAGGACGAUCGAAGAUUUCGUCGGCAACAUGAUGCCGGGUCCGAUCGCAAGCAACGUGAAGGCGGUUGCGACUCGGCUGAAAGCAGAUUGCGCUGCUAGCCAGCCCUGCUGCGAGGCACUUGAGCGUGCCAUUGUUGGACUAAGGGCCCAAAUCAUCAUCGUGGUGGUACAUCAGAACUUGGGCGGGACGUUGCGAGAGAUGGAGGAGUUAUUGGAGACGUUGUGA